CCUGUUCAGAGGCCUGUAAAAGGGUCCCUAUGGCACACACAGAGACAGACUGGAGAUUAUUUAACAUCAUGGGUGGGGGGCAGUUCCCUUUAGAAACAGGAAUGAAAAGAGGCUUGUGCAUGUGCUCACAUUAGUGUGGCAAGAAAACACUUUGGCUAGCUAGACAGAAGUUGAUAAUCCUCCACCUACAGAGUGGGAGGUCGUUUCCUCUAAAGGUCUGACCUGGCAAAACUUGGCUCAGUUGAACAGAUAAUGCUGCCUUACUUGGAGUCCCAGACCUCACCUGUCCAGCUGAGUUCUGUCUCUGUUAGCAAAGGUGUUGAGCACCAGCCCAGCCCAGCCCCCCCCCACCGAGUCCCUUUCGCCCAGAACUGGCCCCAGAAACUUCUGCAUGCAAAGCAGGUGCUCUGCCACUGAGCUACUUCACUCUCCCUUUCCCUGUUGCUGAACUGAACAGGUGCACAGCUGUACCUGACAAAUGACCAGCCUGCUGGCAGUGCGGCUCUCGUUAACACUGGGCUGGGAGGGGAGAGGCCAGGAAACAGAGGCAUCUGCACCUCCUUAGAUGCACCCCGUCUCGUUCGGAUGAGCCGCUGCUGCCUGGAAUUUGGGAGGGGGGGCGGACCUCAGCAGCUCUCAGACUUGCACGCUGUCUUUUAUGUCUGGAAUGGAAUGUCAGUGAAAGGCACGUUGGCUGCUGCAUCACUGUUCAGCUCCCCUCUCUUUCUCCUGGGGGUGUGGGACUAGUUUUAUGGGCUGAAUCCCAAGAGUUUACACAACAGAGAGCACUUUUAUGGAGUGAUGUUUUAUUAGACUUUAAAAGUCUACGCUGGGAAGAGAGGGGAUUUGUCCUGAGGAAUGUCUUUAAAAAAAACACCUUUGAGCUGGCGUUGGCUUUUUAAAAAUAAAAGCAAGCGUGUGCGCACACACACACACACACGCACACACAUAUGAAGUGAUGCCCUUAACUCUUCAUCCAGCUCACUCCCGCAACCUUCAACAAAGCUCGAACAAGUUCUCGGGCAAACUGAGCCUAUGUGUACCCUGCCUCUGUCUUCCUGUGUGACCUCAGUUGUGUUUCCUGCGCACGGUGUGCUGAAGUCCUGGGCUUAUGGAAUGUUGCGUAUUUUUCAAAACCAUUGAAUUCUGAGAUUGGAAUGCCCAGAUUUUGUGCUGCAUAUGGAUUUGUCUGAAAUUCUGUGGGCUUGGUUCACUUCCGUUGGGGACUGUAUCAUUUAAAGGCAUUUGGAGGUGUGGGUGGGGGCCGGGAAAGAGUACAGAACUAGGGGGGGUUGGAUUGCCUUGCCACAAAGCCUCUCCUUGAUUCUCUGACUCGAGGGGUUCCCAAGCCUGGUCCCCAUAUGUGGGCGGAUGACAUAGUGCCCUGUGGCCGUUGUGGGUGGGGAAGUUGGGAGUUGUCUUCCAAGAACGUCUGGGGGCCCAAGUUUGCGAACUCCUACUCUGAUCCAGAUGGCUUCGUGACACAUUAGGGUGGAGAGUGUGAAAUCCAACUCUGAGAUUGCAUAGAUGAUACUGGGAAGCAAGCACUGCCUGCCUUGGCUGUGAUCCCCGGAUGACACGGUGGCUCUGUCUUCCAGUGUCUCCUUCCAGCUUCCAAAUCUCCUUCUGGGAUGUUGCUCAGCUUCUGUCUUGUGCCGCCUCUCAUUUUCUUUCCUUUUUGCCUCUGUAGGUCUGAAAGAAACUUUUGGACUGUGAACUGCAGCACGAGGACAAACACAAGAUGGCUUCUCCGGCAGACAGUUGCAUCCAGUUCACCCGACACGCCAGCGAUGUCCUCCUCAAUCUCAACCGCCUUAGGAACAGGGAUAUCCUGACUGACGUCGUCAUCAUCGUCAACCGGGAACAGUUCAGAGCCCACAAAACAGUCCUGAUGGCCUGUAGUGGCCUUUUCUACAGUAUUUUCACUGAUCAGCUGAAGUGCAAUUUGAACAUCAUCAACUUGGAUCCUGAGAUCAACCCGGAAGGAUUUGGCAUUCUCCUGGAGUUUAUGUACACUUCCCGCCUCAACUUGAGGGAGAGCAACAUCAUGGCCGUCAUGAGCACCGCCCUCUACCUGCAGAUGGAACACGUCGUGGACACGUGUCGGAGGCUUCUCAACACCAGUGAAACGGAGAUGGUAUCUGCUGUAAAGGCUCCUCGGGAAGAAUUCCUGUCCAGCCGGAUGCUGAGCCAUCCAGAGAUGAUGGCUUACCGAACCAGAGAGCUAGCCGAGAACAGCAUGCCUCUUCGGAACGGGCCCAUGUGUGACGGGCGGGCCUAUGCCCCCGGCCUGUACAGCAGCCUCUCUGGGUCACCCAUCUCCUACACUGGAUACAACCCCAUGCCCAUCAACGGGUACCUCUUCUCAGACGAAGAGCUGCGAGAGGCUAGGAUGCCGCUGUCGGACACUGCAAGAGCCAACCCUUUCCCGAGGGAACGUGGGCUGCCCUGCAGUGGUGCCCGGACAAGCACCACAGAGUACACCAGGACCGUCACAGAUGUCUCACCCAGCAUGUGCCACCCUACCAUCUAUUCUCCAAAAGACGCUGCUGCAGAAGAGGUCAAAAGUGAUGUGCACUACAGUGCUGCUCCUCUGGCCCGUAACAAUGCCUACUUUACCUGCGACAAAGUGAGCAAGGAAGAAGAGAGAUCCUUGAAGGAAAAUGAGAUCGGUCAACGGUUUGAGCCAACCAACACACCAAUGAACCGCAAGGUUCUCAUUAGCCCCCAGAGCCCCCAGAAAUCAGACUGCCAACCCAAUUCGCCGACCGAGUCAAGCAGCAGCAAGAAUGCCCGCAUCGGUCAGAGCUCUGGGUCCCUCUCUGCCAAGAGUCCGACUGACCUGAAGGCUUGCAACUGGAAGAAGUACAAGUUCAUUGUCCUCAACUCGCUCAACCAGAGUGCCAAGCAAGACAGUCCUGAGCAGAACGAGACGGGGACCCUCUCUCCGCAGUCCUACAUGCCCCCUCUGACUUGCCAACAGCCAAUGGAGCCUGAGAAUUUAGACAUGCAAUCUCCCACGAAGAUGAGCAUCAGUGGGGAAGACUCUACAAUCCCCCAGGCAAGCAGGCUGAACAACAUUGUUAACAGGUCACUGGAUGGGUCUCCUCGGAGUAGUGAGGGCCAGUCCCCCGUCUACCUGCAUUCCUCCAAGUGCAGUUCGUGCGGCUCCCAAUCCCCCCAGCAUUCCGAGAUGUGCCUUCAUACCCCUGGCUCAAACUUCGGAGAGGAGAUGGGGGAAACGCAGUCCGAAUACUCAGAUUCCAGUUGCGACAAUGGAACCUUUUUCUGCAACGAGUGCCACUGCCGCUUUUCGGAGGAGGCUUCCCUCAAGAGACACUCCCUCCAAAUGCACAGCGACAAGCCCUACAAGUGUGACCGCUGCCAGGCCUCCUUCCGCUACAAGGGGAACCUAGCCAGCCACAAAACGGUCCACACAGGCGAGAAACCCUACCGCUGCAGCAUUUGUGGUGCCCAGUUCAACCGACCGGCCAACCUGAAAACCCACACGCGGAUUCACUCCGGAGAGAAGCCCUACAAGUGUGAAACCUGCGGGGCGAGAUUUGUCCAGGUAGCGCAUCUCCGAGCUCAUGUGCUAAUCCACACCGGCGAGAAACCUUACCCGUGUGAAAUCUGUGGUACGCGGUUCAGGCACCUGCAGACGCUGAAGAGCCACCUCCGAAUCCAUACUGGAGAGAAGCCCUACCAUUGUGAAAAGUGCAAUCUGCAUUUUCGCCACAAAAGCCAACUCCGUCUCCACCUUCGCCAAAAGCAUGGCGCCAUCACGAACACCAAGGUGCAGUAUCGUGUUUCAACGGCAGAAGGCCCCCCUGAACUCUCCAAGGCUUGCUGAAGAGGAUGGAGACGUGCUUAUGGAGGGCAGAAGACAAAGAGGGUCGGAGUGAUGUCCAAAGGAUACUUCUUUAGAGAGGAACAGAGAGAAAAAAACUUUUUGUCACACAAUGGAGUGCCUCUAGAAGCCCAGAGUGCAGACAGGUGGAAAAGAAAAGGAAUGGGUUUUUAUUUUUUUAUCAUUUCUUGUUUCCCAAUUAUGUGAAUUUUUUUUUUAAUGGUCAGACCUAUUAUGUGUGUGUUUUGUGUGUAAGAGAGUUUGGGGAAAACACCAACCUUUCUUAAAAAGUCUGAGCAGUGGAGUUGACCCUUCAUGGCCAGAAGAUGAGGAAUGUAUAUCGUUUUACGGGAACAAAUCUUAUUUCUUUUUAUGCAAAAUUGUACAUUUUAACAAGAAAGCAAAAUAGAUUGUAUAUGCUAUAAAAGUGGAGAGGGCUUUAACUUUUUAACCAAAGGUGAAGGAAUCUAUGGCAGAGUUGUAAAUAUAUGAGUAUAUAUAUAUAUAUAUAUAUAUAUAUAUAUAUAUAUAUAUAUAUAUAAAUUAUAUAUAUAAAUAAAAUAUAAACCUUUAAAAAGAUAUAUAUUAAAUAUAUAUAUAUAUAUAUAUAGAUAAUGCAUUAAAGUCUCAGGUUGGUGUCUGCAGGCAGACAGCUGAUCUGAGAACCUUUAUUGUGACAGAGCACUUAACAAGAUAUUUUAAAGUAUUGCAUCUGUAUUAGUGAGAAAAUAUUUUGUCUAAGAGCAUUUGAGUGUGUAUUUGUAUUUUUUUGCAAGUGAAGGUUUAUAAUUUACAAAAAAAGUGUGUAUUAAACCAACAAAGCUGCAGAAGGAGUUUAAAAUAAUAUUAUAACGUGUAAUUUUUGUUUUUUUGGUCCCCGUCCCCCUCCCCACACCCAGUCUGUAUAUAUGUACUAUCUUUGGGGUUUGUUUUUGGUUUUUGGUGGUUUUUCCCCCUCACAGUGCCUUUCUUUUCAACGUAUGGACAUAAUAAGAACCCAGUUUGAGGUACGAUUUGAUGUUGCGAAAAGGGGUCAUUGUGGACUCUUGAUGGAGAAUGUCAGUUUUCUCUCAUUUUAUUUUUUGGUCUCAUUUUAUACACUUGUGUUACAAUCGGUCAAUCUCGGGUGACAGGGUUUGGGCGGCAACAAACUGCGUUAAUGCGUUCUGUAAAAUAUAGCUGUACAAAUUCAAAAAUAAAGCAGCCAAAAGCAACCAUGAACCAGA